GGAGAAAGUUAUUUAUCCUUAAAUGCUUUUAUUUUUGUAAAGUUAGUGUAACCAUGCACUGUUUGAAAAUAUUACGGGUGACCAACGCAGCAGCUGUUGAAACUUUGAAAGACACGACUAAAAUAGUUUUAAAAAGUUUUCUUACAACGGUUAUAAUGGUAAUCGUCGUAAUGUUAAAGUUCAACCAGCACAAUAUUUCAACACAAGCUCAACAGAUCAGCACCGCAUCGGAACAACCUCAGACAUGGACCACGUGCUUUCCAAACUGAGCAGUGGGAAGGGUCUCUUCUCAGAGGUAGAAGAUAUGCUCUUCUACACCAUCACAGAGGGUCAGAAACAAGUCCCCGUCUCACACUUUAUCUCUGCCCUCAAAAGGACUGGUCUUAUUGUAUCCGACCCGCGACUGAAGGACUGUAUGGACAAGCUGCAACGCUCCGUAUCGGAAUCCUGUCAUGACGUCAUGAUGGACCGGGAACUCUUCCGCAAGUGUGUAGGUGGGAACAUAGUGCUUCUGAUCCAGGCCUUCAGAAAGAAGUUCAUCAUCCCUGAGUUUGAAUCGUUCGUUUCAAAAAUAGAUCAAAUCUACAACACCGUUCAGAAAAACCACAACGGACAUGUAGCAGUCUACAUUCCUCACCUGGCCAAGUUCAGUCCUGAUCUCUGGGGUGUGUCCCUGUGUACAGUGGAUGGACAGAGACACUCAGUAGGGGACACUAAGCAGCCCUUCUGUCUCCAGUCGUGUGUGAAGCCACUGGAGUAUGCUGUGGCCAUCCACGAGGCUGGGACAGAGAAGGUACACCGCUAUGUGGGGAUGGAGCCCAGCGGACUCAAAUUCAACAAGCUCUACCUGGAUGAGGAAGACAAACCCCACAACCCCAUGGUGAAUGCUGGAGCCAUUGUGAUUAGCUCUCUUAUCAAGCCCGGUUCAAAUAAGGCAGAGAAGUUUGACUAUACGAUGGAGUUCAUUAAGAAGAUGGCCGGUCGAGAGUACGUGGGGUUCAGCAAUGCCACGUUCCAGUCGGAAAAAGAAACAGGCGACAGAAAUUUUGCAAUUGGGUACUACCUCAAAGAGAAGAAGUGUUUUCCCACUGGGGCAGAAAUGAUUGACGCGCUGGACUUCUAUUUCCAGCUGUGUUCAAUAGAGGUGACUUGUGAGUCUGGAAGUGUCAUGGCGGCAACGCUGGCCCACGGGGGGAUCUGCCCAAUCACCGGCGAGCGCGUCCUGAGUGCCGAGGCUGUAAGGAACACCCUGAGUCUAAUGCACUCUUGCGGCAUGUACGACUUCUCUGGACAGAUGGCCUUCCAUGUGGGCUUGCCUGCUAAGUCUGGGGUGUCAGGAGCAGUUCUGUUGGUGGUUCCUAACGUCAUGGGAGUGAUGUGUUGGUCUCCUCCGUUAGACAGAGUUGGAAACAGUGUCCGAGGAAUACACUUCUGCCAGGAGCUGGUGUCUUCGUUUAACUUCCACAACUAUGACAACCUGAGACACUUGGUCAAGAAGCAGGACCCCCGAAGGCAGGACGGGGAUGAUAGGAACAAGUCUGUGGUGAGCCUGAUGUUUGCAGCCUACAGUGGAGAUGUGUCAGCCCUCAGAAGGUUUGCUCUGUCAUUGAUGGACAUGGAGCUGAAGGACUAUGACUCUAGGACCGCGCUACACGUGGCUGCUGGUGAGGGCCAUGUGGAUGUGGUACGGUUCCUAACAGACGCCUGCAAAGUGAACCCCUUUGUGAAAGACCGGUGGGGCAACAUUCCUCUGGAUGAUGCCCUGCAGUUUGGCCACGGUGCCGUGGUGAAGGUCCUACAGGAGUACCAGGUGGCCUGCCAGGAACAGGAGAGACUCCCAGUGGCUGAUACCAUACCCAUAGCCCCAAAACUAGAGACUGUAGAAGGCAUGGUGUGAUCAUGGGCCGUAUGUGUCAAGUGUCUCCCAUUAGGAGUGCUGAUCUAAGAUAAAUUUUUGCGGAAUGCAACAGAUUAUUAUAGACGGGGAGAACAGUGAUUCUAGAUCAACACCCCACCUUGAUAAACGGGCCCAGGACCAUCAGGAUCUUCAGAUUGAAACAUGGAGAGACUUCCUCAAGUUGUCCAAUAAAAAAAACAUUGAUUUUCA